GCUGUCAAAAGUAGCCAACCCAUGCCAACAAACCACACAACAACUUGAGAUUCAUCAAUCCAAGCAACAGAAAGAGAAAGAGAGAGAGAAGAGAGAACUAACUGAUCAUCUUUAAGAUUUUCUUUGGUGGUUGAGCUAUAAUGCCUACUCUCAAGUGUCAUCAGCAAUACCAAUGAAUCCUCCCCCCCACAUUUUAGUUAAUGCAUUAAACUCUACUUAUAUGUUCACACCCAACCAACUUAUGCUUUCAAAUUUAUGAUCAGCUUUUUGAUUGCAGCAUUAUCCAUCAAUUCUCAUCUUUAUAUACAUUACCAAUCUCAUUCUUCAUUAUUCAAUCCAAAACCAAAAUCAAAAACAAGAAAGAAAAGAAAUCAAGAAAUAUAGAAGUAGAUUCUUGAGAAAGAGAAAGAAAGUAAAAUCAAAAACAAGAAAUAUAGAAGUAGAUUCUUGAGAGAAAGAAAGAAAGUAAAGAAGAUUGUAUAGAAAAUGGAUAAAGAAAGAUUAACAGCUGAAAUGGAUUUUAAAGAUGUAUCAUCAUCAACAACAUCAUCACCAGCAUCAACAACAUCAAUUGUGAUCAAGAUCAAGAAAAGCUUACCAGAUUUCUUACAUUCAGUGAAGCUGAAAUAUGUCAAGUUAGGUUACAAGUUAACAUGUGAUUACGCAACACUUCUUAGAUGGUUCGUGAUCUUGCCUCUUUUUAUAGCUACAACGAUUCAAAUCACUGGUAUACGAUUCGAUCAAGUUUCUGAUUUAUGGAGGAGUAGAGGAGCUGUUGAUAUGGCUACUGGUUUGACUGGAUUUACACUCUUACUCUUUCUGUCAACUCUUUACUGGGUCAAACGACCCAGACCGGUUUACUUAGUUGAUUUCUCUUGUUUCAAACCGGAUGAUAGUUUGAAAUCAUCAGUCGACUCGUUCAUUAAAAUGACAGAAGAACACGGUUCGUUCGAAGAACAAACGAUUCAGUUUCAAAAACGUAUAUCGCUCCGUUCCGGUUUAGGUGAUGAAACGUAUAUUCCAAUUGCAAUUACAUCAAGACCACCGAAUCUGAACAUGAAGGAAGCACGAGCUGAAGCUGAAAUGGUCAUGUUUGGUUCGUUAGAUACUCUUUUCGACAAAACCGGUAUUCAUCCGAGUCAAGUCGGGAUUCUUAUAGUGAACUGCAGUUUAUUCUGUCCAACUCCAUCUCUCUCUUCAAUGAUUGUGAAUCAUUACAAAAUGAGAACAGAUAUCAAGAGUUUCAAUCUCGGUGGAAUGGGCUGCAGUGCAGGGUUAAUAUCGAUCGACCUCGCGAAGGAUUUACUGAAGUCGAACCCGAAUACUUACGCAGUUGUUGUUAGCAUGGAGAAUAUAACUUUAAACUGGUAUUUCGGAAAUGAUAAAUCAAUGCUGUUGUGUAACUGCAUAUUCAGAAUGGGUGGUGCAGCAGUUCUGCUCUCCAAUAUGAACCGUGAUCAAGCGAAAUCGAAAUACGAGCUUGUUCAUACGGUUCGAACUCAUAAAGGUGCUAAUGAUAAUAGUUAUAACUGUGUUUAUCAGAGGGAAGAUGAAGAGAAAAAUAUCGGUGUAUCUCUUGCUAGAGAAUUAAUGGCUGUUGCCGGAGAUGCUCUGAAGACAAACAUUACUACUCUUGGUCCGUUAGUGUUGCCGUUUACGGAGCAGUUCAUGUUCUUCGUUUCUCUGGUGAGACGGAAAGUGUUGAAGCAGGCCAAAGUUAAGCCUUAUAUUCCUGAUUUCAAGACUGCUUUUGAACAUUUCUGUAUUCAUGCUGGUGGUAGAGCUGUCCUAGACGAGUUAGAGAAGAAUUUGCAACUCAGCAAUUGGCACAUGGAACCGUCAAGAAUGACACUACACCGAUUCGGUAACACAUCAAGCAGUUCACUUUGGUAUGAGUUAGCUUAUACUGAGGCAAAAGGAAGGGUUUCUAGUGGUGACCGAGUUUGGCAAAUCGCUUUUGGUUCAGGAUUUAAAUGUAAUAGUGCUGUCUGGAGAGCUCUUAGAGCGAUUCCUGUUGGUGAGUGUAAAACCAACCCAUGGGCUGACUCAGUCGAUCGUUAUCCAGUUAAGGUUCCGGUUGGCUGAUUCGGAUUACUGCAGCACUAUUACAUUGAAGUAGAAUCCACUAUUUGGAUAUAUCUUCCUUACUAGAAUUUGGAUAAUCUCAUUCAUAUUCAUAUAAUUUUUCAUUUUAUUUUUUCUGUAUUUCUUAUGUUUGAAGAUCUUGAAAUGUACAUGUUUUUGGGGAAGUACUAAUUUUAAAUGGAGUCUGCAUACUUCUUGCA